CAAUGAAAAUGCACUUUGUGAUUGAAAAAAAUUCCAGGGAGACGGAGGAGGGGAUCCCGGCGGACGAUGAGGAAUUCAUCAUUCUCUUCAAUUCCACGCUGUUUCUCUCCCGAGAAAUGAGGAAAUGCAGGCGCCUCGUCUCGGAUCGACCCGUCGACAUGUCUCAGUACAACGAGGUGCAGCUGAUGCCGUCUGGCGGGAUGAGCGUCCUCAGCCAGAUCGUCCUCUCCACCUGUCGCCAGCUGGCCCCCGACUGGAACCUGGAGGAAUUCAUGAUCAUCGAUCGGGAGUCUGCGGAGCUCCGGCGACACCUCGACGAAAUGCAGCAAUAUAUCCCGGGCGAGGAGCAUCGCCUAUACGGAAGGGCACAGGAGGCGAAGAAGGGCACAGAAGGAAUGGAUUGUUUUUGCGUGGAAGGGGAUGUCUCCCUCGGGAGUCCCCCAUUCCGUGCCAUUCCGUCCCCCAUUCCGUGCCCCAUUUUCCCUCCUCUUCUUCCCAGGGACUCCCUCCCCAUUAGAUGA